CGAUGGCGGUCUAUUAAAGACUGUUCAGUGGCCGCAUCUCUUGUCUGAGUCUUUCUCUUGGAAGAUAUCCUCUUUCGAGGCCCCCCUCGAAACACCACCCAAACAAUCAUCCAACAUGGCCCAGGCCUCGCCUUCGUGGCAGAGGCUGUUGGGGCUGCUGUCAGUGCUCCUGGCACUGAUCCUCGGCGUCUCGGCCGGGGAGCACGGUGCUGCUGCCACCGGCUGCCCCGCCGAUCUCGCAUCGGCCCCGGACAACACCUUUUCUGCCGGUUUCGACAACAGCACCGACGUUGCUGAGACUCAAGCAGAGCGCUCGCACGUCGAGAAGCUCGCAGCGACCAGCUUGCACGGCUUGGGCGCCCGAUCCAGCUUCGAGGCUUUCCGAGUCGAGAUCCCUGCCUCGUGCAACACCCCCAGCAUGAAGAGCUCCCUCAUUGAGCUCCCCAUCAGCUUCGCCAGUCUGCACAUGCACCUGCAGAACAUCCGAACCAAAUAACCUCGAUGGCGGUUUGCCCAACACCCAAACCGCCGACACGAGAUGAACUACUUCACCCGUGUUGGAUUCGAAUCUACGAUCUCCGA